AUGUUAUCACUAGCUGAAAAAUUUGAAAAUUACGUCUUGAGUUUACUUAACCUUUCUAACCCUAAUAACAAAAGUACCAAUAAUUAUGUUGAAAAUAUAACAAAUUUUACUGUCUACACAGUAAUUGUUGAUUAUAGUUCAUGGAAAUCUAUUCUUAUUGGAGUUAUAUUAAUUAUCGCCGCUGUGUUAACUGUCAUCGGCAACUUUCUUGUCUUUAUUGCAUUUCUGCGUGAAAGAUAUAUGCGGAAAAAUCUAACCAAUUGGUUCUUAGCGUCAUUGGCGAUAGCUGACUUAUUAGUGGGUAUCAUUGUUAUGCCAUUCGCUAUUUUUCAUACAUUAUAUGAUGAAUAUUGGCCAUUUGGUAGAGAAUGGUGUGAUGCAUGGCAUGCGUUUGAUGUGUUAAGCUCAACAGCUUCUAUUUUAAAUUUAUGCGCUAUAGCACUAGAAAGAUUUUGGGCAACAGAGAAUCCCAUCAAGCAUACAUCAAUGAGAACACGACGUCACUGUUUACUAAUGCUUACCUUUGUUUGGAUAUGUUCUAUUCUUAUAUCGUUCCAGCUAUAUUAUGGUGGAGGAAUACUGAGGAUUAUACAACCAAGUCGAGAAAUGUUUGUCAGUUUACAUCAGAUAGUAUUUAUUUAA